AGGACCUUCAGCUCUUCAGCUGUCGGCUAAAAUUAACCCUUCAGAUCAUUGGCCGGCUGACUGACACACACAGCCAUGUAUGUGUGUGUGUGUGUGUGUGUGUGUGUGUGUGUGUGUGUUCAUUCAGAGCAGCGAUCAGAGAAAGAAACGUCCAAACUGCAGUGAAGGAACUGACCAGGCAGCAGAGCAGGUGGCGCCAUGUCGGUGUCUCAGAUCACGCCCACGCUGUUCCUCAGCGGCGCCGAUGCCCCCCUGAACGCCGCGCUGAUGUCACAGAAACGCAUCACGCUGAUCGUCAACGCCACGCUGAGCCACGCCAGCCCGGCCUACCCCGGCGUGGAGUGCGUUCGAGUCCCGGUCUCCGACCUGCCCAGCGCGCGCCUCGGGGACCACUUCGACCGCGUGGCCGAGCGAAUCCACGGCAACCGCGCCGGUGGGACCCUGGUGCACUGCGCCGUGGGCAUGAGCCGCUCGCCGGCGCUGGUCAUGGCGUACCUGAUGCGCUACCGCGGCGUGACGCUCGGCCAGGCGCACCGCUGGGUGCAGGACAGCCGGCCGUUCGUGCGGCUCAACGCCGGAUUCUGGGAGCAGCUGCUGCAGUACGAGAGGAGGCUGUACGGCAGGAACACCGUCAGGGUGGCGCCCGCGCAGGAGGCGCCACGGUCGUUACCGCUACCGCUAACGUCGCCGCGGCUAACGCCAAGGCUAACGCUGGUCCCCAGGUCGCCUCUGAUGUCACGGCCGCAGGCGAUGACUCCGGCAAGCAGGCGCAGAAGAGGAACCAAAGCCAGCGCCGUCAAAAUCUGAGCUGCGAAAAGAAAAGAACGAAGGUGGGAGGAUUUCGGGGCUCCAGUUCUGAAUGUUUUCUCAAUAAAAUAAAAAACUGAAUCUGUC